AUGAUUGAUCGAGAAAUCAUGAUGAAAGCUAACAAUCCCACAGCAAACACCGUCUGCGGCCACUGCGGUUUCCUAGAUCGGAAAAUCCUGCACCACGUCCGUCGCGGAGGUAACUUUCGCCGUCUCUGCACCACUUGUGUCCUCCGUCUCCACUCCCAGUAUUUCUGCCCCACCUGUUUCAUUGUUUACGACCGUUCACCCCCCGAACACGCUGUCGUUUGCAACAAAUGCUACUCUUCCGCCCACCCUACCUGCGUCUCCCCUCCCAUUUCCGCACCUACUCCCUCUUCACGUGCCCCUUCCCCUUCCCCUUCCCCUUGCGCCACUUGCUUAAACCCUAGCCGCCUUGUUUUCGAUCCCAAAAGAACCGAUGGAAAUGGGGGGAUGGAUAAUGAUGCAGCGAGACUGCUGGUAACUGCUGCGGAGAUAUCAUCUCUGUCAAUGAGUAAAGCAGAGGUGGUGGCAGUUGCAGAAGCCGAUAGGAGAGCGAAGGAAGCUUCGUACACGAGGAAGAGAGCCAGGGAGGCUCUUGAUCAUGUUGUGUACCUAAUGGAAAACGAAAAGAAAAAAAACAUCAAUGGUAACAAAGUUGUGGCUAUGCCUAUGAUAGAUGUUCGAAUUAACAACAACAACAAAGUAGUUGCUGCGAAUCAGGUGUCCGAAGCUUUCAAGUCUGUGGUAUUAAAAGAGAAUGCUGAUGGAAUCGCCUUGUCUGAAGUGCAGAAUAAGAUGAGAGCAGUGUAUAAUCGAGAAUAUUGGUUUGCAACAUUAGCAUUGGCUUCUGGUGGUUUCUGACUUUCUGUAUUUGGUGCAAGGUGAGAUCUUUCUUAUGGUUCAGUAACUCAUUGUGAUAAAUGGUACAUUCUCUCUGAAAAUUUAAUCCCCCAAACUGUUUGUUUUGUCCAAAGUUAGAGAUGAUGGUUUUUUAUUUACUUGUAAAUCUGGUAGCAAUGUGGCUUUUGCAUGCAGUGAAUUGAAUCUUUUUUCCAAGAUUGUAUGUUUACACCACACAUUCUUAUUUUAGUAUUAUGCAUUGUCAAAGUGAGCUAUGUGCAACAUCUCUCCUUAGAGUGUUUGUUGCUAGUGUUCUUUAUACUUCUAGUUGAGGUUUUGCUGUUUAGAAGAUCAAAUUAGAGUUUUCUAGAAAUCGUACUUCAAUAUUUUUACUAAUAUAGACAAUGUACUGUGUUUUUACCCUUAAUGGCAAUUUAGUUACAUUUUUUUACUCAUAAUAGCAACACACUAGUUUUUUAAUAGUAGGCAACAUAAUUACAUUUCUUUACACAUGUCACAUAAUAGAAAUGUAUGUACAAUUUAUUACCAAGAAGAGCAACAUACAUACAAAUAGAAUAUGUUACCCAUAUUGAUAGUGAAAUGUAAGUAAGUUGCAAUUUUCUCUCAAGGACUGUUUUUGUAAUUUACUCAAAAGUUUAUAAAUAUGUAUAGAAUAGACUAAAUUACAAUUUUGGUUCCUGUGAUGUCUGUUUGGAUCAGGUCCAAUU